AUGGCUGACCGCAAAGGCGCAUAUGGCGCGUCGAAUGGCGCCAGCGACACGUCUUUCCGUCGGACAUGGGAUCGCAGCGAGUACGAAGCGAAAGCGCGCGAUCGCGACGCCAAGAUCAAAGAGGAAGGCAAGGCGCGAUAUGAAGCUGCUCUAGAAGGCAAGAAAUAUCAUCGUCGUGCUUCGACGCCGACCGAUCACAAGGACACCGAGGCGCGGCAGCAGCGUCUGAAUGUGGCCGAGCAGGUCGGUAAGACCACCCUCGUUGCUGCUGGAGCAGGACAAGGCAAGCGAGGCAAAAGCGCUGGUUUCUACUGCGAUGCUUGCGACCUGACGUUCAAGGACAAUCUGCAAUGGGUGGAGCAUUUGAACAGCAAGCAGCAUCUCAUCGCAACAGGUGAGAGCGGAGAAGUGAGGAGAGCGACACUAGAGGAAGUGGAGGAGAGGUUCGACUAUCUGAAGCGGAAGCUCGAGGCGGAGAAGGUGCAUGACCAGACUGAUCUGCAGACCAGGAUCAAGACAACGGAGGAGCAGUUGGAGAAAGAAAGGGAGGAGAAGAGGCGUAAAAGGAAUGAGAAACGGCGCAAGACGAAGGACGGCAAAGGCCAUGAGGAGCUUCGGGUCGAGAAUGAUGGCAUUAUCUGCUGAAGGAUAUCUCUCCGCUACGCUGUGCGUGUGAGAACGCGCACGUGAAGACUAUGCUGCUGGUGUUGCCGCAAGCCAUUUAGGGGUUUUCGCCCGGACAGAGGGCAUGUGUCCCAGUGGCGCCUUCUUGAUAUGGCUUGAGGUCUCUGUCGAAGCGCACGAGACUACAUGGGACCUGGAUGAAACUCAUGUGCGACGGAAGAGACUGCGACUCGAUGUUCUAACCACUCCUUGCCUCCGGAGAGUCUGCAACAGCUCGAUUCUGAAUCAAAGUGGUCUGUGGCAGUGCCCAGUGACCUGCCCGCGAUGCUUGCCACUACUGGAAUCGCACAAGUGCUUCAUUUGGAUCCAAAUAUGCCUACAACAACAUCUGCCUGUAAAGAUUUCUCGAGCUUUACCAGACUGAACCACUCUCCUUGUUGCGCGCUACUGCUCCCGAAGACAAGGAGCUGUGCUGAUCAUGGUAAACUCGCUUCCGUCAGCAUUUUUGGGUACAAUAGCAGGUUGUCUGACCUGAAGCGUCAGGCACUGGUGGUGCUGGUAGCGUAUUGGGAUGAGUGGACUCGAAUUGAUUGUGAAACUGAUCCGCUGCCGGCUCAGCCUCAAUGGAACGUGGACAGACUGUCCGGGCCACUGAGGUGCUAGCCAUAUAUCGCAGACAGCACUUGCAAAUAUGCAUGGUCACUGCUGAGGAGGGAUCGACCAACACCAAGUUACAACACGGCCACGGCUACCAGGUAUUCCGUGACACAUCAUGCCAAGAUCGGAGGUAGCUUGGCAACUCAAGUCAUCGAUGACUCUGUCAAGGCAUGAGCUGGACCAGCACUUGCAAUUUUUCCAGUUGCUACAUACCUGUAGCGUAAGAGAUGUUGUCACGAUGCCUCCCUCAGGAACUAGCAGAACCCUCCAGCUCAUACUGGCCAUUAUGACUUAUUUGCCCUGCGCUCACUCUAAGCGCAACCGCUACGCACCUCGAAUAGCAUGGCUUGGCACUUUCGAGUAUUGUACCUACAUGUAGAUGGUAGCUUCACGAGAUGUGAGCACUUCGUUGAUCAGCUGCAGUCUCCACAUAUCCGGCUCCUCCUUGACCACAUACCCAUAUAUACAAUAUUCUGGUUUCUACGGCAGCACUCGGAUAUAUCAAUAGAGGUCCCGCGAAUGGCUGGGCAGGCGUGAGGGGUAAGCUUCACAUCAGCUGUUCUUGUUCCAUGGGUGCCGUUCAUUGCGACAUUAUUGGAUAUGAACACUUGGCGCAACCGUUGCAGAUAAUGCGAAUAUGUAUCGCGAGAGAUCCAGCCGAGCUCUCUGCCCUUCUGUCGUCCGUACUCCCAACUUACUGGCAAGAUCACCACCACGACGAAAACACGUCUUGUGCUAUAUGCGUACACGAUGGCAUCCACAACUCCAAGUCCGUUCUUAAGCCUUCCUCAGGAGCUUCGAGACAUCAUUUAUCAACAUGCGUUGCGUGACUCUCUGCGCAGGUAUGAUGACCUCGGAGAAUACAAAGCGAACGAAAUUCCAAUGCCAGCAAAGCAAGAGCAUGACAACAACAUCGCCGAUGGAGGCCUCCUCUUCAACUACACAGCUCAAUGCCCUCGACCAGUAUGGUACACCUUACUGCUCUGCUGCCGAACGACGAACAGAGAUAUUCGAGAACUCGCGCAAACUACCGCACUCAACCAGAUGAUUGAUAUCAAACCCGCUGUCGUCGAUCUCAACUUGUCUCCCACCACAUCUACAGCAACAUGGCAACACCUUCCCUCGCAUCCUCAACAGAUUACCAGCUUGCAAAUCAACAUCCGACUAUCGCACAUUUACGAGUCGUCAUUGACAUCCGCCUCCCCAGACACGGACAAUGCAAUCAUUCGGGCCAUAUUCCAUCUGGUGCGGCAAUACUGUUGCUUCGGCCCCCACCUGUCCCGCGGAAAGCCUCUAUCUAGACCAUUACAGUUGGAGACGGUACUUCUUGAGAUAGAACCGGAUCUCCGCGCCAUACAGCCGCCACAAGGUCUAGUCUUCGCCAACAAUCAUCCGCAGCAGCUCGCCACCGUCUCUGGCGUCUUCUGGAUCUGGCUGAGCCGGUUUGCGAGAAGUGGAUUGCUGUGGGAACGCGUGGAGAACUUAAAAUGGAAUUGCAAAUACAUUGCUGAGACGGAAGGAGAAGUAGUGACUUCUCGUGUUACCAAUCAUGGUUGGAGCGAGGAUGAUCGUACAAUGUUUCGAGAGCUGGGCUAUAGCUGGGAUUGAAGAUGAUCACCUACGAAUGUGGGCCUCAAGAGGUCUUCAUCAGAGUCCCCCGCCCUCUGCCGUAGGAGUAGGCAAAGGAAAUUUUGAUGGCGAUGGUGCCGCUGAGGUUUAUGCUUCUCCGGAUCCCCCUGUUUGCCUGGGGAAAACUCUGUAGAUGGAGUGUAUGCAGAUUCAUUCCUUGAUGAAUUGGCUUUCCAGGCAGGCUCUGGAGUAUAUCAUCUGGUCAACAGCACAUCUCCCAUUGCUGAACUCUUAUGUUUUUUCGCCUUCGAUUUCAUCAUCGUCACGAAGUCGUCGGUGGUUAGCAAAACGACUAGGAAGCAGCAUAAUAUAUACGAAAAAGUCCUUGGCUAAAGACGGCAAAAUGUUAAAUGACAAGAAACUCGAUGCCACUUUACCCGGGGUUUUCGUUAUGAGAAUCUGAAUAAAUUAUCGCAGCAUCCAAAAGUUUCAAUGACAUCGCGCUUCCUCCUGGUAAUGUCGGCUCGACUGGACGCAGACUGCGGACCUUGCAAUGCCUGUUCCUGCGACUGGGAGGCAUCGACUCUGAACUCGAGCUCAUCGUCAUGCUGAGUAGUAGCUUCUUCCCUCGAAGAUUGAAGAGUCCGCUCCAUUUCGUCCGAGUCAAUCUGCGCAUUCAGGUCACCGUCUACUUCCAGGUCAAUGCCUGCCAAUAGAUCAAUGUCUGCUUCAUCUUGACCUUCAAGGAGUUGGUCAAUGCCACCUUCUCUAAUUUCUCAUUCAUAUCCUGAUCUCCACCGACUUUGAGCGGCAUCGCAGGCAGCGAACAGAUCGUCAUAGCCCGUUCUGCUAACUCACGCAAGUCCUCGUUGACUGUUAUCUCUCCAAUUGCAGCCUCAUGAAUAGGUGCGGCAUACACAGAAUCCUCCAGCCGCGAAUCUCGGGGCCGAGCGUUUCGCUCACGGUGGAAACGCUCUUUUUCAGCCAAUGCCAGAGGGUACAGACGAAAUGUAGUCGUUUCUUGUGACCAUUUGUCGCGAUGCUCGCUCUCGUCGCCUGUUGCCGAGCAAUCAUUUUCACUUCCUGAUCCCUCUGCCUCGGCUGGUUUCCUUGCUGCCCAGUCCUGCGCCCGCAGCGUCCAGCUUGCGCUCGCUCGGUCUUUUCUCUUUUUCGGCGAAAGCUUUUUUACGGCUAUCGUACGUUGGUUUGGCAGGCUUGCACUGCCUGCUGAGUUUCAUUGUUUUACACGCUGUCAUGUAUUUGUAUGCGGCAUAAUAGUCUGUGAAAGAUCGCUCAAUCUUCUCGGGGCUUUGCUUCUGUUGGACUGUCGCUGUGGCUCUCGCUACGACCUACAGCAUUUUCCGGCAUAGCGACACCUCCACCACCUUUGCUCCCAGCAGUGGCAGGUGCGCCCGGAGGAGCAUGUGGACUAGUUGUACUUGCCUCCAAAGACCGCUGUCCUCCUGCAUUCUGGAUCUGCGCCUGCACCUGGGGCAUUGUAUGCAUAUUCGCAACCGGAACGCCCGCUGAGUUGAGUUGCAGCGGCACACCUUCCAUCUGCCUCGCCUCCAUCUCCGCAAGCUGAUAAUAUCGUCCAAUCUGCUCAUUCGACCACCCCUUAGCAGUCGCCGCAGCGGCAAUCUGCUCCCGUUGUGCCAACAUGGCUCUCAUGUGUUCGACUGUGGCCGCUAGCACAAUAGCCUCUGAGCGGGCUUGCCCUUGCAUGCCUGGCACGAGGGUGGAGAGCCUGUCGAAGCCUUGACGAAUUGCUUCGCGCCGCUUCUUCUCCGAUUCGAUAUGGUUCUUCUUCUUCUGCUCUUCGGUCAAGCGGGCUUUUGCUGCGUUGGCGGAACUAAGGGGACUCGAGGGAGUGGGACCGCUAUCGGAGGCAUUCAUGGUGACGGCAGUAUUCAUGGCGGAAGUAUGCUUGUAGUGAGGUGACCACGGGUAUGUACCACGGAUAUGUUACGUGCUGUCGAAAUAUCUGAUACGGUCGUCGCCGAGUGCCUGCAUG